CGGAAACAAAUAGAUUCGGGAGCUGUGGGGAUAUUCAUCACACACACACUAUUAAAAAGAUUAUGGCGAGCCUUCAUAUUCAAAGCAUUCUACUUUUACAUACUAUAUGAAGAAUGUAAUAGCUGUGCCUUUUUUGUCAUAAUUGUUAAAGAUAACUUACUAAUUAAAAACGAUCGUAAUUCAAUAUAUAAAGUAUCUAGAGACGACAAUUGUGUGCAUUUGAACUGGAAAUAAAACGAGACUUCGUUGCGUCUUUCUCUUUCACACAUUGACGGAAUGACAUUAGCGAAUCCUUACUGCAAGCACUAACCAUAGCUAAGCAUAGAAUCUAUACAGCUGAAAGUAUUGUGCAAAUAUAAAGUCUACAUUAUCGUAAAUUUAGUCUGCAUUUACAGCUGCAUAAUCUGCAGAAGUAUCAAUCGCAAAAAAGCUUAAUUCUCAUUUGGGUCAACUUGCCUCGUUUGGAAAAGGUAAAAGCCGAGUGUCUGCUAUGUGUUAGUUCAUUGGCAAGUUUUGAUGAGUACAUUAGAUGUCCCC